AUGCUGUCAUCACAGCUGGUUCAUAUCCUGGCAGUAGGAGCUGUCUUACUGGUCUCAUGCCAUACUCUGGAACCCUGUGUAGGCCCCCAACAUCCUCCUGGAACAAACUGUCUGCCUGGUCCACAAGGGCCAAGGGGCAAACAAGGCCAGAGAGGAGAUCCUGGACCACCAGGUCUGCCUGCUUCUCAGGAUGCUAAACUUCAAAAUGAUCUCAAGAAAAUCAAAGAGAGGAUCACCAAAAUUGAAAAAGCCCUGACUUUGAAUGGAAAGAUUGUAAUAACCAGCGAUAAGCUGUUUGCCACCACUGGGAAGACAGCUGAUUUUGACAGCACAAUAAAAAUAUGCAAGGCAGUUCAUGGCUCCAUUGCAUCUCCAAAAAACAAGGAAGAGAAUGAUGCUAUUAUGAGCUUUGUGGAUCAGUUUGAUACAUAUGCAUAUCUAGGCAUUACUGAGGGACAUAUCCCUGGGGAAUUCAGUUUCCUGACUGGGAAACCCCUGAAAUUUACAAACUGGUAUGGAGACGAGCCCCAGGGCAAAGGUGUGGAAAAAUGUGUGGAAAUGUACAAUGAUGGCACCUGGAAUGACAAAUUGUGCAGCAAAUUCCGCCUCACUGUCUGUGAAUUUUAA